AGGUUUUUGUUUUCAUAUCAUAUGUAUGUGUAUUUGGCUUCUAUCGGGGAAUUAGCCAAACCUGUGUACAUUAACCAAUCAGAAGCAUGUAUUUUCUUGUGUCUCAGAAUAGCGCCACUUCACUGAUUUAGAGGGAAAACAAAAACACGUUAAAUUUUUCUACUUAAGAAAUCAAGAAAUCAUCAUGUUUUCCUGUGGAAUUGUAAGAUUCCUAUAGUAGACCAUCAGUAAACAGCUUUAUCUGAAUUCUGGUAGACCUAGACAGUGAAGAGUCAUGCCUAGGAAAAAGACUUCCAAACAGACAGACGGCCAGGGUAUGGAUGCGCCAUCCGCAAAACGUCGGAAGCCAAAUCAAGCUUCGGGGGCCACAAAACCAGACCAAGUCCCCAUUGACUAUCAAAAACUUGCCGCAGAGAUCCUACGGCAACAAAGUUUGCACCAACCUCAGUCGACUGGUGAAGAAAAAAACCAGGAACAGACCUCUGCAUCAACGACAAUAUCACAGGUUAAUACAACAGCUUCAAUGUCAUCACAGCCUGCUACAUCAGGGUCACAAGCUUCUACAGCAGGGUCACAAGCGUCUACAUCAACGACACAAGAUGCUACCUCAGGGUCACAAGCUGACACAACAGCAACAGUGUCACAACUGGUAUCUAGGAUAUUUGAAGGUGAGCCAGCAGGCACAGCACCCAAUAAAAACACAAGUAAUUACAUACCAAUCACUGAUGGCAUUCCUCUUGGUGCAACCGUACCUAACAAAAUUAAGUCAAAAAUAUGGUCAAAUGAAUUUAUAGAUUUGCGUAGUCUCUUGACGCACCAAGAGGAAGACCCAGUGACCUUACUGAUCACACCAGGGGUAAUAAAUUUGCAACAUAGUCAAAAGUCUAAAACACCUCUGUCCAUCAACCAAUGGACAGAUGCGUUUCUGGUUUUUACGUGUAUCGUUAUACAACAGAAACCCACUGAGGCUCCCCACCUGCUUAAGUACAUGUCAUUCAUAAGGGAGCUACAAAAACUUCAUGGGGAUUCAGCGUGGCGAUCAUACGAUGAGUCUUUCAGGAAGUUAAGGGAGACAGUAGACCUUCCAUGGCAAAAGCCAGUGGAGGAACUACGUGGUAAAUCAUUAGCUGUUUCCACAAAACAAUCUAAUGGGCAGCCUUUUCGUGGGAAACAGGUGGGGAGAAUCGGUGGGGUCAGAUUCUGCUUCGCCUAUAACCAAGGUAACAAAUGUAAGUCAACCCCCUGUCCAUUCACCCACAUUUGCCAAGCCUGUAGAGGUAAUCACCCCAAAAUUAAAUGUAAAUCUACAGAAAAAUCUGAACAUGAUAGGACCUCUCCCAACACCAGUAAAGGCAAACAAACUAAAUGACCAUUUAAGGGGUUAUGAUGACCAAUUGAGAGAUUAUUUGGUAAAAGGUUUCAGUUUCGGAUUUUCCCUGGGAUGUGAAAACACUCCUACAGCGUCUUUGUCAAAAAACCAUAAAUCAGCUCAAAAUCACCCAGAAAUCAUACAAGAUCACAUACAAAAGGGCCUUGAGCUCCAUCGUAUAGCAGGACCUUUCCCAAACCCUCCUUUCGACCCAUUUGUGUCAUCCCCUUUAGGUGUCAUACCAA